GUCAGGGUGGGCAGAGCGGACAUCGUGUGCCCCAUCACGGAGUGCAGUGGUUACCUGGAGGAAAGCCUGGUGGUGUCCCACCUGGGCAUCGAGGAAGUGGCUAAAUACAAGUACUUCCUGGAGUUGAGCCGGGUCGACUCCAGCACCAAACCCUGUCCCCAGUGCAGCCAGUUCACCUCGCUGAAAGGACGCACCCCCAGUAGGGCAGAGUACAAAUACAAGGUGAGAGAGGGGGCCUAUAAUGUUCUGUGAUCAGAUAUUAAACAGAAGGACUGAGCCUAAGUAAAAGUACAGGGCCUCUGCUGUUUCUAAUAUGCACCAUGAUAUUAUACAGUAAUAAUAAGAAAAUAUCUGAAUUAUGUAUGUCUUUCUGAAGAAUGCAUAUAAUCUGACCAUGUGGAAUGCUUUGGGAAACGCUUAGGUUCCUUAAAUCGUCGACAAUGUGCAUCAUUGUGCAUCAUUAAUGAUGGAGGCUUUUAGUCCAUGCAGACAGGCACAUCUAUGCACUUAUACUGUAUGCCGUGCAUCUAGCCAAUCACAUGUCUGUGCCCUCUCUGCAGAUCCAGUGCACCAAGUGCCAGUUUGUGUGGUGUUUCAAGUGCCACGCCCCCUGGCAUGAUGGUCUGAAGUGCCAUGAAUACAGGAAGGGGGACAAGCUGCUGCGUCACUGGGCCAGUGUCAUCGAGCACGGCCAGAGGAACGCCCAGAAGUGCCCCCGCUGCAAAGUGAGUGACAGGGCCAGGAGAGUUUACAAAAAUAGCAAACCUUGCUACUUGAGGAAGAUUGAGGUCGACAGUUUUGCAGCAAAACAAUGAUAAUGUUAGGCCUCCUCACAUGGUCAUAAAGGGUGUUCUCUUGACUAGGAAGGUGGUGAUUAAAGUGAGCAAACACAGCCAGUCCUGUAUCCCAGCAAAACCUGCUAAUUGUGUUUAAGGAAUCUCAAGAGAGGACCGACAGUUCGCCAGCUCUUUAUGUCCACAUAAGGCUAUUAGAUAUGUAUUUUUCAGGAGUUCUACAGCCAUGUAUCCUCAGUGCAUGUUCUCUCUCUCAGAGCUUCAGACACAGGGUUAGGAAAGAGAGAGAGAGAGAGAUAUUGUUCUUGUCUUCGUCUCUCUAGUCCACUUGUAACAAUGGCUGGAAAUGAAGCAUUCCAGGAAGUCAUAAGACCGAGCCCUGGUCAGAAAGUCAAUACCAAAUUAGAUUUAGUGAGCCACGUCAGUUAUUUGUUUCAUAAACAGUGAGAGGCCUUUUGGAGAGCAACAACAGCAAACACAACACAGCACUGGAGGGAUCCAUCACUGAUGUGUGGGCUGCUAGCUAGCUGUCUGUCCAUGGCAGCACUCUCCUCUCAAUGUACUGUCAGUCAGCAUGAGUCAGGGAGAGGGGUUGAGUGAUGCUCAGAUAUCGGGACAAAAUGUUUCAUUAUUUUACCUUAAAACAAACCAAAACACUUUGUCCACCACACAGCUUGAAGUAUAGGCUACAGCCUAUGUUUUAUAUUCUGAAAAGACCUUCGGUGAGCUAACUGAUAAUCUCGUAAUUGCUACAUAUUCUCAGAGUUAUUAAUUUGUGCAGAAGUUAGGAUCUCACUUUAAACGAACAACAACUUAUAAAGGCUUUAUAGAUGGAGCAUUCAUGAAGUCAUAUGCCGCUCACUGAUGAUGUCACUCUCCCCAGAUCCACAUCCAGAGGACGGAGGGCUGCGAUCACAUGAACUGCACCCAGUGCAACACCAACUUCUGCUACCGCUGUGGGGAGAAGUACCGCCACCUGCGAUUCUUCGGGGAUCACACGUCCAACCUCAGCGUGUUCGGCUGCAAGUACCGCUACCUCCCUGAGAAGCCCCACCUCCGCCGGCUGGUCCGGGGGUCCGUGUGUGGUGAGUCUACCCAGCCUAAGCCCGGGCCCCAGAGACCCUUAAAGCCUUCAUAGAGGGGACACAUUGGGUUUCACUAAGUUAUUACCUGUUACCUUUUAUGGUUAUUAUUAUUAGGUAAGCAAGCAAUCAGUAGCCUCUGAAAAUAUGGCUGUAUAUAGUGGGGAGAACAAGUAUUUGAUACACUGCCGAUUUUGCAGGUUUUCCUACUUACAAAGCAUGUAGAGGUCUGUCAUUUUUAUCAUAGGUACACUUCAACUGUUAUUGCAUGACAUAAGUAUUUGAUCACCUACCAACCAGUAAGAAUUCCGGCUCUCACAGACCUGUUCGUUUUUCUUUAAGAAGCCCUCCUGUUCGCCACUCAUUACCUGUAUUAACUGCACCUGUUUGAACUCGUUACCUGUAUAAAAGACACCUGUCCACACACUCAAUCAAACAGACUCCAACCUCUCCACAAUGGCCAAGACCAGAGAGCUGUGUAAGGACAUCAGGGAUAGAAUUGUAGACCUGCACAAGGCUGGGAUGGGCUACAGGACAAUAGGCAAGCAGCUUGGUGGGAAGGCAACAACUGUUGGCACAAUUAUUAGAAAAUGGAAGAAGGUCAAGAUGACAGUCAAUCGCCCUCGGUCUGGGGCUCCAUGCAAGAUCUCACCUCGUGGGGCAUCAAUGAUCAUGAGUAAGGUGAGGGAUCAGCCCAGAACUACACAGCAGGACCUGGUCAAUGACCUGAAGAGAGCUGGGACCACAGCCUGAAAGAAAACCAUUAGUAACACACUACGCCGUCAUGGAUUAAAAUCCUGCAGUGCACGCAAGGUCCCCCUGCUCAAGCCAGCGCAUGUCCAGGCCCGUCUGAAGUUUGCCAGUGACCAUCUGGAUGAUCCAGAGGAGGAAUGGGAGAAGGUCAUGUGGUCUGAUGAGACAAAAAUAGAGCUUUUUGGUCUAAACUCCACUCACCGUGUUUGGAGGAAGAAGAAGGAUGAGUACAACCCCAAGAACACCAUCCCAACCGUGAAGCAUGGAGGUGGAAACAUCAUUCUUUGGGGAUGCUUUUCUGCAAAGUGGACAGGACGACUGCACCAUAUUGAGGGGAGGAUGGAAGGGGCCAUGUAUCGCGAGAUCUUGGCCAACAACCUCCUUCCCUCAGUAAGAGCAUUGAAGAUGGGUCGUGGCUGGGUCUUCCAGCAUGACAACGACCCGAAAACACACAGCCAGGGCAACUAAGGAGUGGCUCCGUAAGAAGCAUCUCAAGGUCCUGGAGUGGCCUAGCCAGUCUCCAGACCUGAACCCAAUAGAAAAUCUUUGGAGGGAGCUGAAAGUCCGUAUUGCCCAGCGACAGCCCCGAAACCUGAAGGAUCUGGAGAAGGUCUGUAUGGAGGAGUGGGCCAAAAUCCCUGCUGCAGUGUGUGCAAACCUGGUCAAGACCUACAGGAAACGUAUGAUCUCUGUAAUUGCAAACAAAGGUUUCUGUACCAGAUAUUAAGUUCUGCUUUUCUGAUGUAUCAAAUACUUAUGUCAUGCAAUAAUAUGCAAAUUAAUUACUUAAAAAUCAUACAAUGUGAAUCUCACAGUUGAAGUGUACCUAUGAUAAAAAUUACAGACCUCUACAUGCUUUGUAAGUAGGAAAACCUGCAAAAUCGGCAGUGUAUCAAAUACUUGUUCUCCCCACUGUAUAUAGGCCCUCAAGUGCUGUUAAAAAUAUGCUCUGAUUAGCAAUUGUAAUUUUUAGGCCUUAUGCAUGACUGCUGAAUGUAGUUAUGACACUUCCCGUGACUUUCCUACUUGGUCUCUGUGAUCAGACUCAGAGAGAUAGAUAGGCAGGGGUGACGAGGAAACUUCAAUUACCAUGUGGGUGGCCUUUCAUCUUCUUAAUCAAAUCCCGCUGCUUAUGAAUAAUUCACACAAUAAUGAAGAUGAUCAAAACAGCAUGGACUAGCUUGAUGCUGCUGAUAUGACUCUUUCAUAACCCGUUUUCACAAUACGGUUACUGCCUAUGCUAAAAGUUUGCAUUGUUGUCACGGCUCUGAAGUCAGAACAAUAACGGUGUACUGUAGUAGCGACCACAGUGGUUUGCAUGACCUUAUCAGCAGAACGUCCUUAUCUGAGGUUACGCGUGUCUCUGUGACCCUGCCUGAAUAGUGAACAGCUCUCCUGAGAGAUGCAGUAGUCCUCUGAGAGGUGUUCUGACUGCAACUCUGUCUGUCGUUCCCCCAGGGCCUCAGGCAGUGUGGCGUGUAGUGGCAUGCAGGGCCUCAGCUGUUGCUCCCUGAGUGGGGUUAGCUAAAGUUAGUCAGAGGCCAGCAGGCUGCCAAUGGAAACAUCUGACACAUGGUUGACGGUGGGCUAAUGUGGCCCUCAGAGGGGCUCCAACACCCCCCUCUACCUUCUAUUAAAGCACUAUCACGUCUCCCAUUCUAUUGUUUUGACAGCCUUGCCUAUGUUUCCCCAAUAUGCAGCCGCCAUACUACAAAUACAUAUUUUUGUUUUUUUAUUAGGAAGACCCCAUCCAAAUAGCACACGAAGGUGCUAUUCCAAACUGCCCUGUCCUCCCCAUGCAUUUUCAUGUAUGUACUUGUCCUGACCCCUUAUGAACAUUUGUGUUGUCUCUUCUGUCUCCCUCCCAUUCCAGUAUGUAAAGUGGUGGUGGCCCCUGUUGUCAUAGUCCUGGUGAUGGCAGUUGGAGCAUUAUCCCUGGUCAUAGGUAAGCACUGCUACAUCCUGUUAUAAUCCUGAAGAAAACAUGCAACAUUAGAUAACCAGUGGUGCUUUAAAGAUAUAAUCUAAAAUGUGUUACUUUCUCUUGGGUCAGGUAGGUACAUGUAGUGUGACUCGGCUUGUUCAGUGGCUGUGGUGUGCUGGCGAGGGCCACCUUUGUCUUGGUGUAAACAGAUAGAAGCGGCUAAGUGUCUGCUUGUUCAGAUAGCUCUGCUACACUGGGCGAUGGGAGGAUGACACACUGAUAUAAAGCUGUUGACAGUCACUUGUUAAUCCCACUCACAAAUGUGACCGACCACCUCGAUUCGGUCUGAUGUUGCAACAUUUUAAAUGCUGUUUUUACAUUGGAUAAAAGUAGAGACUCAAAGCUACAAAAUGGUAUAUCAUACACUGAAGUUGAGGAACAAUGGGAAAGUAAUUUACUUUGAAAGUUGAUAGACUUGUAACCCCACUUUUGAGAACAUUUACAUUUACAUUUACGUCAUUUAGCAGACGCUCUUAUCCAGAGCGACUUACAGUUAGUGAAUACAUCUUUUUUUUAUACUGGCCCCCCGUGGGAAUCAAACCCACAACCCUGGCGUUGCAAACGCCAUGCUCUAUCAACUGAGCUACAUCCCUGCCGGCCAUUCCCUCCCCUACCCUGGACGACGCUGGGCCAAUUGUGCGCCGCCCAUGAGUCUCCCGGUCGCGGCCGGCUGCGACAGAGCCUGGAUUCGAACCAGGAUCUCUAGUGGCACAGUUAACACUGCGAUACAGUGCCUUAGACCACUGCGCCACUCAGGAGACGUGGCCCUUGAAGAAAUGAGAAAAUGGCCCUUGAAUGUUUUGGUGCUGGAGAACUCUUCCUUGUCUACACCCAUUCAGCACCUCUUAAGCCUUAGCCCCACCCAUCUCUUUAAGGAUUCACAUGUGAGGCCAUGUGCUAAACAGAGUGUGUACGGUAGUAUAGUAAACAACCAAAGAUUUCAAAAACUCCAGGUAGAAAUACACUUUAUCUAGUCCUUGGCCUAUAUCCUAGUCUGACUUUGGUGCAAGUCAUGUUGUUCUUCACAUUACCUACUCUGGUAAACACACACUAUAUCAAAUAAAAUCAAAGUUUAUUUGUCACAUGCACAGGAUACAGAAGGUGUAAAUGGUACAAUGAAAUGGUUACUUGCAUAGUAGCAAUAACAAAAACAGAAAGUGUCCAGAUAAAAAAUAUUGUACACUGAACAAAAAUAUAAAAGCAACAUGUGAAGUGUUGGUCCCAUGUUUCAUGAGCUGAAAUAAACACACAAAAAGCUUAUUUCUCUCAAUUUUGUGCACAAAUUAGUUUACAUCCUUGUUAGUGAGCAUAUCUUCUUUGCCAGGUGUGGCAUAUCAAGAAGCUGAUUAAACAGCUUGAUUAUUACACAAGGCCACUUCCUUGUGAUAGUUGUCACUUCAUUUGCAUGCAUUAACUGUCAGUCAUUUCACUGAGCUUAGUGCCUGCUCUAUAUUAACCCGCCUGUUCUCUCCUGCUCUGCUCUGCUCCGCUCUCUCCUCAGGCCUCGUGGCCUUCCCUAUCUACUACAUCUGUAAGAAAAGACGGAAGCGCACCCAGGGGACAGGCCGCUGGCUCUGA